CCGGUCCCCAGAGAAGGCGGGGUUCCCGCUGCCCGACCCGGAAGUGCUUCUCUUUUCCGUGGCGGAGAAAGGAGACCACAGAGCUCUGGGUUGUGGAAGAGGUGGCCGUGCACUGUCAUCAGUAUGCAGCGAUUGCUCUUUCCGCCCUUUAGGGCCUUGAAGGGGAGGCAGUGUCUGCAGCUCCUGGCUCGUAGGGCAGCGCCUAGAGCACAGUGUGAUUGCAUCAGGCGCCCUUUGAGGCCAGGGCAAUACAGCACCAUCUCUGAAGUAGCUUUGCAAUCUGGAAGGGGUACAGUGUCUCUUCCCUCAAAGGCUGCCGAGCGGGUGGUGGGCCGAUGGCUCCUGGUCUGCAGUGGAACAGUGGCUGGAGCAGUUAUUCUUGGUGGAGUAACUAGGUUGACAGAGUCUGGCCUCUCGAUGGUAGAUUGGCAUUUAAUAAAGGAGAUGAAGCCACCUACAAGCCAAGAGGAAUGGGAAGCAGAAUUCCAAAGAUACCAGCAAUUUCCAGAAUUUAAAAUCUUGAAUCAUGAUAUGACACUGACAGAAUUCAAGUUCAUCUGGUACAUGGAGUACUCACACCGAAUGUGGGGUCGCCUUGUAGGCCUUGCGUACAUCCUGCCUGCUGCCUACUUUUGGAGAAAGGGCUGGCUCAGCCGUGGCAUGAAAGGACGUGUUCUUGCCCUCUGUGGCCUCGUCUGCUUCCAGGGUCUCUUGGGAUGGUAUAUGGUGAAAAGCGGACUAGAAGAAAAAUCAGACUCCCAUGACAUCCCUCGGGUCAGUCAGUACCGCCUCGCUGCCCACCUGGGAUCAGCCCUGGUUCUUUAUUGUGCCAGCUUAUGGACCUCGCUCUCGCUGCUGCUCCCUCCGCACAAGUUGCCUGAAACCCGUCCACUCUUAUGGUUGAGACGAUUUGCUCAUGGAACAGCAGGUCUGGUGUUCCUUACGGCUCUCUCAGGGGCUUUUGUGGCAGGGCUAGAUGCUGGGCUUGUUUACAACUCCUUUCCCAAAAUGGGAGAAUCCUGGAUCCCAGAGGACCUCUUUACCUUCUCCCCCAUCCUGAGGAAUGUUUUUGAGAAUCCCACCACGGUGCAGUUUGAUCACCGGAUUCUGGGAAUCACUUCAGUCACUGCCAUUACAGUGCUCUACUUCCUCUCUCGGAGAAUUCCCCUUCCUAGAAGGACCAAGAUGGCAGCAGUGACUCUGCUGGCUUUGGCGUAUACACAGGGCUCUGUCUUAUUUAACUUUAUUUUUAAAAUCAGCGAUUUGGAUGAAGGUAUCAGGAACAUCUGAUUUGAGGAUGCAGCAACCCAAUAUUGCUAAUAUAAUAGAUGACAGUGGCAACUGAAAACAGUCCCAGAGUGACGCCAUUGAGAAGAAAGUAAACAGAUUAGAAAUAUACUCAUUCAAAUUAAAUAAGUUGUAGAAGUUUGGGCUGAAGAAACCUGGCCUUAUAUCAUUUCAUAUAAAAAAGACUUGAGGAUUUCAGUUGUCCUCAGGUUCAAUAUGAACCAACUAGUAUUCAUGUUGUUAUUAUAUAACACAGAAAAAUUAGUGGUACUUCAGGUUUUAUCAGUAGAAGUGUCACAGCCAUAGUCAGAAUACCCCUAACAUGUUGCAUUUCACUCUGGGUACCAAAUUUAAGCAAGAUAUUGAUGGCCACUAAGUGUGUAUCCAGAAGAAGAGACCAGAAUGGUGAUGAGUCCAGAACCCCUAUCACACAGGGAAUAGUUGAAGGAACUGGGGAUAUUUAACUGGAGAAGAGAACAUCUGGGGAGAGAGCAAGAUUCCUGUCCUUGAGAAGUUGAAGCUAUCUCAUGCAGAAGAGGGAAUGAGCUUCCAUUGUGCUGCAGACCUGGCAGCAAUGGGUGAAAGUUGCAGGAAGUUAGUUUUAGUUCUGUAGAAGGCAAGAGUAGGGUAGACAAAUCAAAUGCUCUGGGGUCAGGCUGGUGGAGACAGUAACACUGGCGAGCAGGUGCCCCAGCUCAGACUAAACUACUGAGCUUUGUUCUGCUGCUGCUGCUCUACAGGUCCAGGGUUGUUAGAUUUCUGGGUUUUUGUUGCUUUUUGAAAUAAGGAAAAUAAGUUUAUCUUAAGUUUAGUUUUCCUUGGAUAUACCUAGAUUCCAUACAGUGACAAGAUAAAUACAAAGGGAGAACAUCUGGAUUUCAUCCUUGACCUCAUUUACAAAGCAAAAAGAGAUGCUGGAUUCAGAUAUAAAUGUUAAUUUUACAGUGUUUAAGGUACCAAAUAUUCUUUUUUUUUUUUUUUUUUUUUUUUUUUAAAAAAGACACAUAUCUAUAUUUUUCUGUGAAAGCUUUCAGUUAAGUGUUGGGAACUAAUUUCAAGAUUUUAAAAAAUGUUAUGCAGGCUUAACAUGUCUGAGAGCCAUAAAUGACCUAACGUUUUCCAUUUUUAAUCUCUGAACUAGGUGAUCUCAGUUUUCUUUCAACUCCAGUACUCUGGAAGUUUCUGUGUGACCUGUAGUGUAUCAUUCUCAGGUAGUGAUAUGGUUUGGAUGUUUUGUCCCCUCCAAAUCUCAUGUUCAAAGUGUGACAUUCAGUGUUAGAGGUGGGCCUAGUGGGAGGUAUUUGGUUCAUGGGGGCGGAUCCCUUAUGCAUGACUUCGUGCCAUCCCCAUAGUAAUGAGUGAGUUCUCACUCUGGUUGUUCAAAAGAGCCUGGAACUUCCUCCUCUCUCUCUUGCUGUCUUUCACCAUGUGACACACUGGCUCCCCUUCCCCUUCCACCAUGAUUGUAAGCUUCCUGAGGCUCUCACCAGAAGCAGAUGCCAGCGCCAUGCUUCCUAUACAGUUCUAUGCAGAACUGUGAGCCAAAUAAAUCUCUUUUCUUUAUAAAAAUUGUCGGGUAUUUCCUUAUAGCAACGCAAGCGGACUAACACAGGUGAUUCUUAGCAAAACAGUUUGUCAAUUUUUCAUAAAUCCUGGACCUUGGGUGGGCUUAUGCUAUUGCCUAGAAGAAAUUCCCAACUUCUGUCUUAUUUGAAUCUUAGAAAAAUCCCAAAACCCAAGCCUCAUAUAAGACCAAUUAAGUCACAAUCCCUGGAGGCAGUAAAAGGCAUAUUUUUAAAGUUCCCCAGGUGAUUCAAAUGUGCAGACAAGUCUAGGGACCACCGACUUAGGUCCUAAUAGCCUAGUUACCUUAGAAAGUUCUUAUUAGCUUAUUCCCAUUCCCUUCUAAUAUCCACCCUACCUUAUCAUUUGAUCUGCUCUGUUGAUCCUGCGUACGUUAGUAGGAUAUGGUGUCUUCUGGAUAGACUCCUUCAAAGAAAGGGAACUGUAUUUCUGAGGCAAGUUCCCAUACUAUCCUCUCCUGAUCCUCAAACCCAGGUUCUCCUUAGUUAAUAACUGAGUCAGCAGAGGGCAGUAUGACCCAACCCAAACAACCAUAUAUUAAUGCUUCUACAGUUCUCUCCAAGGAAGUAGCAACUCGUAAGUUAAGGUUUCAGAUGUUUUACUUCAUUUUUCUUUUAUUACAGAUGAUGAAUACAUUUGGAAAAACAACUGGUUGCAUUUAGCUAUAUACCUGUAUUAUGCCACCUAUGAGCUUCCGGUGAAUGAUGAUUAUCUUAGUUAUUUUUUGUGUUUAUGUUAUUCCCAGCACUCCCAGUCACAUAUCAAAUAUUGAAUUAGUGAAUGCAUGAAUGGAAAAUUAACAAUUACAGAUUGAUGUCCCAAAUAUCUUUUUCAAAAAAAACAGCCAUCACGUACCUAUAGGAUUAACUAGAUCUCCCUUAAUAUUUUCAAAGGUCUCUCUGUACUGAUGUCCAUUGUUUUUAAAACAUAAAGGAAAUUAAAACACAUGGCUUUCUUAAUCAGUCAACCUAGAAUUUUUGUCUAUAACUUAGACUGACAAAUUCUAUUGUAGUAAGGGUAAUGAUUAGCAACUCCAUAAAGCAAUGUUGGUUGCAGAGAUCAACACUGAUGAUCAUGAUUUUAGGAUAACCAAUUUAUCUGCAGCUACCCUUGUGGUCCUGGGAUGAAUGGUGGGUUAUAUAUCAGCAUAUGUAACACAUAUACCCAUGUCCCUGCAUAAGGGAGAAUGCAUUACCUCUCUAACAUGCAUCACACAUUUUCCUCAACACUGACUUAAAAUGUUUGUCAGUGAGAAUUUUAAGAAUUCAAAAUUCAACAAAAUUAUUGUUUAAUGUGAAGCAGUAGAAAAACAGAGUCUUAACAGCUCCCCAAAGCAAUGUAAUACAGGCAGCCUUUGGUUUUUUGAAGUGUGCAGUGUCUAGUUGUGGAUCAUAAUAAAAAGAUGUCUUUCACCACACUCCGCAGAGGCCAUUGAUCAAGGUAGAAAUAAAGGGGGAGACAUGGCAUGUACUUCAGGACUUCAACUAAAGGGGAACUGUGGAAUGAGAAUUUCAAAUACAACAUAGUAACUGAAAUACUAGAAACCAAAGUGUGUGUCUGGGAUCCCUUCUUGCAGAAGCUAGUAAGGGGCAGUCUUCACCGGCAGCAAGCGCUCUGUACGAGGGGCCGCUUAGGAAAGUACCAGGGCUGCCCUGGAGUGGAGAACGAGUGGGCCACCAGAGGGUAUACAGUGGCUGCCCUACUUUAAAAGAAGAGGCUCAGGAGCAGACAUGUCUUUAUGCUAGCCUGAAGUCAUGCAUAUGUGGCUAUACGUAGCCUGUGAUUCAGAAAAUUUUUCAACUUUGGUGUUCAUAAAAAUGGAAGCAAUGAUAGAUUACAUUUUAAAAGUGAAAGCCCUUGUAGUAUGAGUAAUGAUUCAGUUUUAUUAAUAAAAGGAUCUCCUUAUUGCUCACAUUUUCAGAGAAACAAAAUGGUCAACUGGUGUGUUGUUCCUUCCCUGUCCCUCUAAUAACAGUACCGACAAACUGGAAAAUCAUGAAAUAUUAGAGCAAAAGAGAAAUGUGUACUAACACAAGAGAAGUCUGUUAGGAUAUAAGUAAGAUUAAAGUAGACAGAGCAGGCUUAAAAUGAAGCUUGAACAAGCCAUCUACAGAAACAGAAAACAGGGUAGAUGGGACACCCAAACAGGGUGCCACAGCUUUCCAACUUAGAUCCAGGGUUAUGAGAGAGAGAGAGCCAAGAACACAACCUAAAAGUUUUCAAUUUGAGGUAUAUUCACUCUUUGCUAUUCUAUAGUAUUAAUCAAAAUAUUAUUGCUAAUAAUCCUGUUGUUAUUAAUCACAACUUUUGGUUUUGAGUCGUAGUUUUUAACAGCAAUAUUUUUUGUAACACUAGCAAAAUUCUCACAAGUUUGACAGAGCCUAUUGCCCCAGGGGCUGGACUCUGGCGCUAGUGUCCCUAAGAGACUAAUAUGGGAGAAUUUGAAACAUCUGCUAUUUGUACCAUAAUUCUUAUUCCCAAUCAACAUUACACCACA